AUGAUCUUUCUCGCUUCACCCCGGCUUCUUUUCGGGGCGACUGUUGUUGUGGCAUUAUGCCAGGCACAGCUCUUUCCUAAUGGAUUCAGCUUCAAUCCGCAGUUGACCAGCAAAAAAUGUCCUCGAGACGCCAAGGCAGUGGAGAGGGAUGCGUUUCUUGAUCAGCUGGUGGCAAACCUCACCGUUCCAGAGCUGGUCCUGCAAAUGCACCUCAUGUUCGCAGAUAACAUCAUCGGGCCAAAAUCGGACAAUGGGUUGUAUGAUUAUACGAUGCGUCUCGCGCCUACCGCCCCGAUCGGAAUCAUCCACGAUUGGUAUCCCACCAAUAAGUCUCAGUACAACGACCUCCAGAGAUUAAACUCCCAAAAAGCUCGCAUCGAUAUCCCCUUCCUGCAGACUGGAGAAUGCCUCCAUGGCGUUGGCUCGUUCAAACAGUCCAUGUUGCCGCAGUCCAUUGGCAUGGCAGCCUCCUUUGACACCAAUCUGGUGCACCGUGUCGGGAGAGCAAUCGGCACUGAGGCGAGCUCCAUCGGCAUCCAUGCCUGCUUUGCGCCGGUCCUGGAUCUGGGGAAAGAUCCUCGUUGGGGGAGAGUUCAAGAGGCCUGGGGUGAAGACAUGGUUCUCACGUCCCACAUGGGCGUUGCAUAUGCCUCUGGCCUGUCAAAGAAUGGAUCAUUGUCUGACCCCGAUGCCGUCGUACCCGUGAUGAAGCAUUUUGCCGCGCAUGGAAGCCCUCAAGCCGGACACAAUGCCGCUCCUUUCAUGGGCUAUGGAGUCAGAGAGGUUCUCCAGGAACUGUUGGUCCCGUUCAAGGCAGCUGUAGACCUGGGAGGUGUGAAAGGUGUCAUGAUGGCUUACAGCGAACUUGAUGAAGUCCCGUGUUCGGUGAAUCCAAUUUUAUAUCAAGCUCUCGAGAGCUGGGGAUACGACGGAUAUGUCACCGCUGAUGAUGGAGGUCUCUCCAUGCUGUACGAAACGCAUCGUGUGACCAGUUCCGUCACCGAUACGAUUGCGCAAUGGCACAACGCUGGCGGCAUGGUGCAAUACUAUGAUUUUCCGCUGGAAACAACGGUGGACUUGGUUGCCAACGGUACUUUGUCCAAAUCAACUCUGCAAUCGCUGGUUCGCAGGAUUCUGGGCGUCAAGUAUGAUCUGGGUCUCUUUGAAAACCGCUACAUCGCGGACGAUGUCGACUCCGAGGCGAUCACGCAAUCACACGUUCCUCUCACUCUCGAGGCUGCACAGAAGAGCAUUGUUCUUUUGGAAAACCGCAAUGUGACACUGCCCUUGAAGCCAAAAGAGAAAGGGAUCAAAAGGAUUGCGCUCGUUGGGCCGUUCGGUGAUACUUUCAACUAUGGCGACUACUCCGGACAAUGGGGAGGUUACCCCGUGGCCAACGCCAGUACCAUUCGCCAGGCAAUGUCCCAGUAUCUCGCGGUGAACGCGUCCGGCACGGAACUCGUCUCCAGCUGGGGUGCGAACUCGUGGUUGUACAAUGGGCAGUACAAUAUCCCUCCCUACCACCUCUCUGCCAAUGGCACUUCUGGUGGUCUGCUGGCGACCUACUAUGCGGACACCAAUUUCACCGAUGCAAGGUUCCAGAAGCUGGAGACUCCCAGCCUCGAUUGGGGACUCUACCCUCCCAACGGCCUACCGUCGAACAACUUCAGCGUCACAUGGGAGGGCGAUCUCACCGUGCCGGUCGACGCGGAGGUCGAUGGCUGGCUCGGGGUGGCAGUCUACGCGAACACCACCGCAAAGCUAUAUGUCGACGGUCAAUUCCUGGUCGAAGCCGAAGCGACACCUUCGGGCAACAUCCUAUCCAACAUCAUGCCGCUUUCGUACUCCAUGGCGAACGGGACAAUGGCCCCUCCUGGAUCUGCUCCCUUCACCUUCCGCAAAGGCGCUAGGCAUCAUAUCCGGCUGGAAUACCAGGCUUGGAAUUAUGUCCAGAAGUUCGAGAACGUGAAUUCGCUCAACGCUCAGGUCUUGCUGUUUUGGAACCUUGUUGAUCGGAAUGAUCCAGUUGGUAAAGCCGUCGAUAUUGCCAAGUCAUCUGAUGUCAUUGUGCUCGCAGUUGGCGCAAACUGGAACAGCGACGGCGAGAGCGGAGACCGGGCGACCUUGGGCCUGUCUCCAAACCAGACUGCCCUUGCCGAUGCGAUAUUCGCCCUCGAGAAGCCGGUCGUUCUCGUGCUGCAGGGAGGCCGUCCGUUUGCUAUUCCGCAAUACUAUCGUCAAGCUGCUGCUGUCCUGAAUACAUUUUUCCCCGGCCAAUCCGGCGGCCAAGCCAUUUCAGAUGCGAUUUUUGGAAUAACCAACCCUGGCGGACGAGUUCCUCUGAGCGUUCCGUAUGACGUAGGCACUCUGCCGGUUUACUACAACUACAAGCCAUCAUACCCUCGUGACUACACCGACAUCCCUUACACUCCGAUUGUAAGCUCCCUGCCCCUCUCGCCUCUCAACGAUCAGAUGAUCCUUACCAUUUCGCGCGUGACCAAACAGUAUCCAUUCGGCUACGGCCUCUCGUACACGAAUUUCAGCGUUUCCAAUUUCCGCGCCACCGCUACAUCGCCAAACAGCACCACUACUGCGUCCACUAAUAGUAGUUUCACACCGACCUCAACCAUCACUUUUUCCGUCGACAUCACCAACACAGGCGACAUAGCAGGCAGCUACGUGCCGCAGGUGUACCUCCUCGGCCGCGUUUCGUCCAUCACGCGUCCCGUGCGGCAGCUCGUCGCCUUCACACGCGUGUACCUGUCCCCCGGAGAGACGGCGACGGCGACGAUGGACCUCGACGUGGCGCGGUACCUGACGGUGCUGGAUCGAGCGUACCAGUGGGUUGUGGAGCCGGGCGCGUAUACGUUUGCGUUGAUGGAGAAUGGUGGUAGCCAGGCGUCGACGGCGAUGAAUGUGACGAUGAGUUGUUGUCGCUGA